UCAUCCCUUCGGAAGGUCCCUAAUACUUGCGAAAUUUUUUGGCCCCAGAAAGCCUCUCGAGUUCUCAAGAUGAUGUGGAAAAUGGCAUUCAUACGUUUUUCACCACGUUUCAAGUGGAUUGUGUUUCUUUAAAACUUCUCCUUAAUGGGAGGCUUGUUCAUUUUGAAAAAUAUAUGUCAGUUGGGCUGGUUUUUAUUCGCACUUGAGUGUAUUUUUUUCGUACUCUUAACCCCUCCCCCUCCCAAAGUUAUUCAGGUUUUACGGUAGCGUGAAUUAUGAGAUCUCUUGGCUCGAUAAAUCGAUGAGAAGAUAUCAAUUAAAGGAAUGAAGAUCGAGCCUUUUGAUGUUAUGGUAUCAUUUUGUUUCAGAACUGACCCAAUGUGGUAUUCUGCUUUUUCGGAAUUUCGAAAAAAACAACAAAUGAUCCGACAUAUCACGUAUCAAAUGGUUUUCGAGGGUGGAGGGAGGCAAUCCCUAUGUUAGUCAAUGAGAAAUGCAUAUAAUAACCUUAAAAGCCUAUCUCAAAGUUGGAAGCACUUUAACGGUACUUUUCUAGAUUUGCUGGGAUGUGUGAAUAAUUUCAUUCGGUUUUGUACGCGAUAGUUUGACGGGUUAAUUGAUUUUCGCUCUCGCCUCUCGCAAAUGGUUCAAAAAUUUGAAUAAGAUGAAUGUUCUACCAUAUCGAUCGAGUUUCGCUCAAAUUAUGAUGAAAACGCGCCGCGUCGUUACUGCGUAUUCAUAUUGCUUGGCAAUCAUUUCAUUGAAAAAACAGACCAAAAAGACGAUUCGAUUCGAUCACUAGUAUUUAAACGCUUCAACUUUCGGAUAAUGGUUAAAAAACGUAAAAGUCAGUCGAUACAUUAUGGUUGUGAAAGGUGGUAAAGCAGCAAAAAAAGGUGCUCCGCCGGCCAAGAAGGCGCCGCAGGCGAAAGCCAAAGCGCCGCCCAGCAUGAAAGAUUUUCUGCUCAAAGCUAAAAAAGCGUUCGACUUCAAAUGGAAAGAAAAUCGUCGUAAUACCGCCAAGUUAUCGGAUUUCGAAAUAAUACGUACUCUGGGUACCGGGCAAUUCGGCAGAGUGUUAUUCGUGCGUCAUUUGCGAAGCAAAGUCAAACAGUUUUACGCGAUGAAGAUUCUCGAACGUCAGAAAGUCGUCUCUAUGAUGCAAACCGAGCAUGUGAUAUACGAAAAAAAAGUCCUGCAAUCGAUCGAUUUCCCGUUCUUGGUCAACUACCGGUAUCAUUUCAAAGACAACGCGGCUCUGUAUUUCGUGCUGGAGUUCAUUCCAGGCGGCGAGAUGUUCACGAAUUUGCAAAAAGUCGGCAAAUACCCUGAACCGCAGUCUCGAUUUUACGCCGCGCAAGUAGUGUUGUCGUUCGAAUACCUACAUUUUUUGGGAAUCGUGUACCGAGAUUUGAAACCGGAGAAUUUACUGAUCGAUGGUGCAGGGUACUUGAAAAUCACCGACUUCGGAUUCGCCAAAAGAAUAGACGACAAGCAAACCAUGACGAUGUGCGGUACGCCCGAAUACCUAGCUCCGGAGGUAAUCAAAAACGUCGGAUACAGUUACUCGGUAGACUGGUGGGCCUUGGGUAUUCUUAUAUACGAAAUGUGCAACGGUAAACCACCAUUCGCUUCGGAAGAACCGAUGAAAAUUUUCGAAAAGAUAAUGAACGCCAGAGUCAAGUACCCAAAUACUUUUAAUCCGAUUUUGAAAGACGUUUGUAAAAAUUUACUCAUACCGGAUUUUACGAAGAGAUUAGGGACGACCAAAGAUGGCACCAACGCCGUUAAAAUGCACGAAUGGUUCAAAUCCGUCGAUUGGAUGAAGCUGUUUGAUAGAAAGCUACCCGCGCCGUACAUACCGGAGAUUAAAAGCAUAGAAGAUACGAGUAAUUUCGAAGAGUACGACGAACAGCCGAUAUUAGAGUUACCCGAAGAGGUAUACUCGGAAGAAUUUAAAGAUUUUUAAGUAGGCUUAUUGUAGAUAAAUCGUGUUAUUUUUGUAGACACGUGCGAUUCGUUUUCAAUAUUAUCGUAAUUUGGUCGUAUCAAACGAAAUAAUACGCGAUUAAACGUUCUCAAUUUGUUGUCGAA